GUCAUACUCGGCGAUUUUUCGUUAGCUUGGAUAGCUGUUUACUGUAGAACCAUGUCUGGAAGAGGUAAAACCGGAGGAAAAGCCCGCGCCAAGGCUAAGACGCGCAGUUCCCGGGCCGGGCUCCAGUUCCCCGUGGGUCGUGUGCACCGUCUGCUGAGGAAAGGAAACUACGCUGAGCGGGUGGGUGCUGGUGCGCCGGUGUACUUAGCCGCCGUGCUCGAGUACCUCACCGCUGAGAUCCUGGAGUUGGCGGGUAACGCCGCCCGGGACAAUAAGAAGUCCCGAAUCAUCCCUAGACAUCUUCAACUGGCUGUUCGUAACGAUGAGGAGCUGAACAAACUGCUGGGAGGAGUGACCAUCGCUCAGGGUGGUGUGCUGCCCAACAUCCAGGCUGUUCUGCUGCCCAAGAAGAGCGGCCAGGCCGCAGCGACCUCCGGCAAGGCGGGAAAGAAAGGAUCAUCUCAGUCUCAAGAAUACUGAACGAUCAACUCCUGACUCUUGCUCCAACCACCACCAAGUUAAAAACAACAAAGGCCCUUUUAAGGGCCGCUCAACUUGUCUAUAUAAGAGCGGAUUUCUGUGUUUUUCUAUUGUUCUGAAUAAAUGUGAUUUCUGUAACACG